UUUUUGUUAGAAAUACAUUUGAAAGCUAAACUAAAUUGAGAAUAGGAAAAAUCUGAAAAAAAUUGCGAUCGACUUUUCAACUGGUCAUACAUGUAUUCUCAUGUCUGUCAAAAUGAUCUUUACAGUUAUCGGUUUCCUUGUUAUUCUUAGUAUGACAAAGGGACAACCUUUAUAUAAAAGUUCAAUUGAUAACGAUAAUAUUGGAGUAUCCACCGAGGUGAAUAUGAGAGACUGGCGCAUCUUUCAAACAAAUAUGGAAGCUCGGAUCACAAAGGCAGUGAAAAAGGAAAUAUCUGACAAUAAAGAACCAGACAUAAGACUUCUCCAAAUAAUAGAAAGGAUGCAAACUGAACUCACAGAACUGGAAAAUAAAGUAACUAAUACAACAAAAGAUAUGCCCUCAAAGUCCUGUCCAUCAAAUUGGAUAUCAUUUGGAUCUUCUUGUUACAUGAUAAUAGCACAGAAAAAGUCAUGGGACAACGCAGCUAUAAAAUGUCUACAGUAUGGUGCAAAAUUAGUCGAGAUAGAGACAAAGGAAGAAAACAAUUUUCUAAAACAGCGCACCAGCAUAUAUAAUAGAAAGGAAUUUUGGAUAGGUGGAAUAGAUGAAUUCUUAGAGGGGAGGUUUGUUUGGGCGUCUACAGGAAGUUCCCUGACAUUCACGGACUGGAACAAAGGAGAGCCCAAUAACGACAAAAGCCGGGAAGACUGUAUUGAAAUCUCCAGACAUCCAGCCAGAUUAGGAAUGUGGAAUGAUAACAGCUGCUCUUAUGAGUUUUAUUUCAUAUGUGAGAAAACUCUGUAAUUAAAAAAAAUUCUUCUUGUUAUUGAAUCAUACAUUUUCACACAAGUAUGUACAUUAUGAAAUAAUUGAUAUUUAGAUAGUAUGAAGAAUCCUCGAUCAAUAGCUACAUGUGUAUCACAAAAGUGACUCUGAAUGAUUUGUCCAAGAAGCCCUGAGUAAAUAUAUAUAACUCUUUCGGACCAAGAUGUCAAACAAAUAGUCAACAAGAAGCUUCAACAAAAUAUGAAAAUUU